AUGCCUCCAGGAACUGCAGCAGAUUCCUCAGGGAGCCACCGAGUUUCUUUGAUAUCUUUGGCUGAGAAAAGCGGCAAACAUAUCGUAGAAUCUCCUUCAAUUCGAUUAACUGGGAGAAAAAAAUAUAAAAUACGUGUGGAAAUGGUUCACAACACACACUUCCUAUUUGAACACAGCGACCAUGGCAGUCUAAAACUCAUGUGGGCAUCUGAAGAUAUCCCCAGAGAAAUAAUACCUCCUAAAUUCUUCUUUACAAUAAAUCGGCCUCCUCCUUUAAAGAUAUCCGGCCUGGACCCGACGCAGUAUUCUCUUUCUUUGUUACAAGAAGGCGCUGCAUUAUAUGCAGAUGAAUCUUCUUCUGCUGCAUUGUCAAAUAUCCCUGAGCAUUUGAAAGGCAUGCGUUAUAUUCGUUCUAAGCAGAAGCCUUCAGCAUCUUCUUCUGUGCUGGAGAUGCAUAUAAAUCUUCCUGCUGAUAUUUAUGUUGGUGUUUCUAAGGGGCAGCCCUUUCCAUUUGCUGCAUUUGAAGAUUAUCUAUGGAGACCGCAAGAAACAGAUUACAGCAUCAGCGUUGUUAAGAACAAAGAAGAAGAAAAAGAAGAAGAAAAAACAAAUAAAACAUCAACAACAAACGAAUUACAACAACUAGGAUUUAAAAGAAUUAUGCAUAGAGGCGGCUUCAUCUCCUUCAACAUUAUACACAGAGAUAUUCCUUUUAUUAUGGUGUUUGCAGCUCUUAAAGAUGCAUCAGCCUGCGGCAACGGGGAGUAUAUUUCUCUUACCUUCACCCAGCCUGUGCAAAUCACUCGCUUCCUCUUUAUGCCCCCUGGAGAUCCGCUAAUGUGGCCGUCUGAAAUAACUCUUACCUUUGAAGACGGGGAGACGGAAGUGUUUUCUAUUCUGCACACGGCUAAGCUGGAGCAUCAUUCCUAUUUAUUGCCUUUACCUAAGCUGACUUCUUCUUGUCUAGACACCAUAACGACGGCGUUAGAGGAGCAAGAAGAGGCUAAUCCCUCUUCUAUUCUUCAGUUUAUUGGAAUAUGCAGCGGGAAAUGCUUUAAAGAACCUGCGGGCCCCGUCUAUGGAAAUAAGAUGUACGCUGUGGAGUCUGCUCUCUGCAGCGCUGCUCUGCAUGCAGGUGCCCGUGGAGAAGCAGCAGCUCAACCAACAACAGCAGCAGCAGCAGCAACAGCAGCGCAAGCAGCAGCAGCAACAGGAGCAGCAGCAGCAGCAGGAGCUCCUCCAAACUUUUGGUCGAUUUCUGUUCCAGUUAAUGGCCGAUAUUUAGUUGGAGUUCAGCUCGGCAACCCUUGCAAAGAAGAAAAAGGAGGAGAAAAAAUAGAAGAAAAAGCAAAAGAAGUAGAAAAAGAAAAGGAAAAAGAAAAAGAAAAGGAAAAAGAAGAAGAAGAAGGGCAAGGAAAAGAAAAAGAAGAAGUGAAGGAAAAAGAAGAAGUGAAGGAAAAAGAAGAAGCAAAAGGGAAAGAAGAAACAACAGUAGAAGAAAAAGAAGAAAACGAUGAAGAAAAGGAGGAAGAAAAAGAAGAAAGAAAAGAAGAAAAAGAAGAAGAAAAAGAAGAAGGAAAAGAAGAAAAAGAAGAAGAAAAAGAAGAAGAAAAAGAAGAAGACGAAGAAGAAAAAGAAGAAGACAAAGAAAAAGAAAACGAAGAAGAAAAGACAGAAGAAAAAGAAGAAGACAAAGAAAAAGAAAACGAAGAAGAAAAGACAGAAGAAAAUAGAGAAAAAGCAGAAGAAAAAGAAGAAGAAAAUAAAGCAAAAGAAGAAGCAAAGGCAGAAGAAAACAAAGCAAAAGAAGAAGAAAAAGAAAAGCAAAAGAUAAACGAAAAAAGAACAAAGAAAUCAGAGACUCAUUUACCUUCCAUUCAUUUAGCAGUUAAUGGAGUGGCGAUUAUACAAAAUGUCAAAAUCAAGCAAAAUAAAUUCUACACGGUGAGAAGAAGAAAAUAA